UAGAUUAUCUCACUGCCGUGGAUUAUAUAUGUAUUUGAUAUUAUUACCACAGAAUUUACAGCUUGUAGAAUUCUGUUAUUAAUUUACUAUGCUCUAUUUAAAUUAUUCAUAAAUUUAUUUAAUUUCAUAAUCAGACUGUAACAAGUGUUUAACCACUUUAACCAUAGAUUAGGAAUAUGAUUACAGAUUGUUAUUCAUAUAUCUACAAAUUAAUAUAAUAUGUGCUUUAACGUUUAAAUUUAAAAUAAGUGUCAAAUUAAAUUUACCUAUUUGUUGUCUAUAAUACUGUACCUAUAGUGUUAUACUGUUAUUUAUAGUUAAUACCUAUAUUAAUUGGUAUAAUUAUUUAAUUGUGAUUCACUGAUUUUUCUAUUUUUAUUAUUAGUUAUUACUUUCAAAAUAUACAAAAUGGUGGAAAAUGUAGAGGACUUACAUAAUUUUAUACAAUUUAAGUUACUUUCCCUAGAGGGGAUUAAAAAAUGUCAAACUAUAAAUAAUGAAGAAAAAAAUGGACAAACCAUUAUUUUAGAUAAAUAUAAUUCAAGAGAUGUUUCAAUAAUAAUGAACAGUUUGAAGUCAUUCAACUAUAUGAGAAUGAGCAAAAAUGAAAAUUUAAAUAACCUGGAUAUCUUUUUUAAAAAUAUUAAGCAGAACAAAGAAGUCCACAAUAAAGCACUUGCAAUGCUUAAUUCAAGAUUAAUUAAUAAGUGGUAAAUAGUGAAUUGUAAUUGUGAAAUUUUGAUCGAUUGUUUUGUAUUUAUUUUUACAUUAUCGUGUAUGCUGAUACAUCAAUUGAAGGAACCCCUUUCCAAAACAAUUUAAAAGAACUGUGGGCAUUGUUGCAUUUCAUUAUGCGUGCAAAGUAAGUAGUUUAUAUAUUUUAUUUUAUUUUUGUAUAUUUUAUGUAUUCGCUUGUAAAAUAAGAUUUAAUAACUGGGAAGAGUUUGAGCAUAUGCAUGACAAUGCAGCAAGUAAAGGUUAUACAAAACAUCAUAGACAACUUGGACCAUAUAUAUUACACCGUGUUAAAAAAGAUGUAGAAAAGUCAUUACCAGCCAAAGUAAUAUUAUAAAAUGUUUUUGGUUUUUCUGUUAGUGAUAAUGAUUAACUAUUUAUAUUAAAAUGUUAUAUGUUUUUAUAUUAUGUAAAGAUACUUUGUAUUAUAUUAAUCGUUUUUGAUUAAUCGGUUGAACAAAUAUCAAGUGUAGAAAUGACUCCUGUACAAAAAAAUAUUACAAAUAGAAUUUAACUAAAAAUUGUAAUGCUUUAAGAAAAGUAUUUAAAGGAUCGUUAACAAUAUUCUUAAAUAUUAUGAUAAAAUUAAAAAAAAUCUGUAAUCAUGCUCUUUUGACUAAACCUUAAGAGAAUGAAUCACGAUGUAGAUAAAACCUACAUUUAAACCUAAUUUUACCUACAUCGUGGAAUGAAAACAUAGCAGAUGACAAUCUUCAGGUGAUAAUAAUUUACGUUAAUACAAAUUAGAAAUAAAGUUAAAAUAUUUGUAUUUCUAUUUAGAGUUUAUUACAAGGAUCUGGAAAACUUAUGCUACUCGAUAAGUUGUUAGUACGUCUGAAAGAAAUUGGCCACAGAGAAUUGAUUUUGUCUCAGAUGGUUCGUAUUUUAGAUAUUCUUACUGAAUAUUAAGUUAUCGCCAUUUGCCAUUUCAAAGACUUGAUGGUAGCAUUAAAGGUGAUGUAAGAAGACAAGCAUUAGAACAUUUUAAUGCCGAGAGAUCUCAAGAUUUUUUUUUUUU